UCAUAUUAUUUUAUUCAAAUUUUAAAUCAUAUCAUUUUAUUAGUUUAUUAUUAUAGGUUCAAGUUUCAUAAGAAAAUUAUUCCUAUAAAAAAUGGCCGGAAUUACUGGGAAAUAUCAAUUAAUUUCUAGCAAAAACUUUGAUGAGUAUAUGCAAGAAUUAGGCGUUGGAUUGUUAACACGAAAAAUGGCGGAUGCAGCUAAACCAGUCACCACAAUUGAAGUUAAUGGCGAUGAAUGGACGAUCAAAACGGAUAUGUUAUUUAAAAGCACUACAAUUAAAUUUAAAUUGGGGCAAGAAUUUGAAGAAGACAGAGCAGAUGGUACCAAAUGUAAGUCAAUUAUAACACGCGAUGGUGAAAAGUUAAUUCAUAAUCAAAAAUCUUCUGAAGGUGGAAAAGAUUCUUCUAUCUUACGAGAAUUCCACGGAGAUGAAAUGGAUAUGACCUUGAAGGCCGGAAAUAUAACUUGCACAAGGAUAUACAAAAAAAUUGAAUAAAAUCUAUAUUAAAUUGGAAAUUAUUCGAUUAUUAGAAAUUCUAAAAAAAUUAAGAGCUUCGUAAUUAUAUAUCCUAUGAUUUAUCUAUAAUUUAUAUACUAACUCAAAAUAGUUAUAAAAUAAGUUUAUAUUAAAUUGAAUUAUAAAAGCU